GUGUCCUAUUUUCAGAAUUUGAAAGCCAUAGUCUGAUAGUGCUCACAUAAACACAGUAACAACUUAUUUCAGUAUUUUAUCAUCAAGCAACAUUCGAAUAUAGCGACAGACGAAAACGGGAACAGAAAAUCUGUUUGAAUCGUCUGCUUUCCUGUUUUUGGGGUAACAGCACUGCAAUAACUUUGACUAGAGGAGCUGAGGAUUGAUUUGAACUAGCUCUUUGAAUAAAUUUGUUGUUAUUCAAAAUCUGUUUCACAGGAACAGAUCACAUUUGUGAAAAAUUAUACCAUUUAAAAGUUGGGAGAUGGAGGAUUUAGACGCAUUAUUACAAGAUCUUGAAGCUACUAUACCUCACCAACUAUCAGCUAAACAACAAACUUCACUUUCACCAAAUGAUGAAACAAAUAAUAAGGAUAUUAUUCUGAAUAUGAAAAGCCCUGUUUCAGAUAAAGAGAAUUCAAUUAAUCAACCUAACAACAAUCCACCAACAAUGACGGCGUUACAAAGUAAUUUAUCUGAAUUAGAUUCACUUUUGAAUGAUUUGUGCAAAGCUGAACCACCGCCUCAAGAGUAUAACACAAAUCCAAAGAAAUCAGAAGAAAGCAUCGAUGAUUUAUUACAGAAAUUGCAGAGCACAACACCGUCCACUAAUGACACCACAAAAGCAUCACCUACUGCGUCCUCUGCCACAAAAGAAUUAGAUGAUUUAUUGGCAUCACUUGGUGAUUUUAAAGUACCAGAAGCAGAUGACAACAGGGGUUCUGGAAGUGCAGCCAGUGAUAAGAGUGAUCCACCUUAUGCCAAACCGGAUAAAUCACGAUCAUCAAAACCUACGUCACCUAAAGAUUCUAUCAGUACAAUACAACCAACCCCUGUCGCACAAACAGCUCAAGUUUCAUCUGCCAUUGAUCUCGAUUCUAUGCUCGGACAAAUAAAUACUGAUCUGAGUAAGCAAGGUAUAAGAGCAGCAUCAAAAGGUGAUUGUGCUGCAUGUCAAAAACCAGUUAUGGGAGAGGUAACUACGGCCCUCGGAAAAGUUUGGCAUCCUGAACAUUUUGUUUGUGCAGUUUGUGAUGAGGAGAUUGGUGUUAAUACAUUUUUCGAGAGAGAUCAGAAACCAUAUUGUGAAAAAUGUUAUCAUUCUCUGUUCUCACCAAGUUGUGCUUACUGUAACCAACCAGUACUAGGGCAAUGUGUUACAGCGCUAAACAAAACGUGGCACCCAGAACAUUUCUUCUGUGCUCAAUGCGGAAAUUUCUUUGGAGAUGAAGGAUUUCAUGAGUACGAAGGACGAGCAUAUUGUCGCAAGGAUUAUUACAACAUGUUUGCACCUAAGUGUGGAGGAUGUGGAAAACCUAUACUUUCCAACUACAUAUCUGCAUUGAAUUUCCAGUGGCAUCCUGAAUGCUUCGUAUGUAGGGAAUGUUUUGCACCUUUUACUAACGGAAGUUUCUUUGAAUUGGAUGGAAAACCAUAUUGUGAGACUCACUAUCAUUUACUGAGAGGUUCUCUCUGCUCUGGGUGUCAGAAACCAAUAACAGGUCGGUGCAUCACAGCGAUGGGAAAGAAAUUCCAUCCUGAGCAUUUCGUUUGUGCUUUCUGUCUCAAACAACUCAACAAGGGCACAUUCAAGGAGCAAAACGAAAAACCAUAUUGUCAUCAGUGUUUCCAGAAGCUCUUCAGUAGUAUGGUGCUCGGAUAGAUACAAUGAAUAUGAAGAAUUUAAACAGUCAAAACCCGAGGUUACGGUUGGCCUGUUCGAUCCCCAGAUAUGGUCUGAUUCGAUAUAUGCUAAACCUGUCGUGCCAAAUUUGAGAGUGUGAUGCAUAAGCGAUUAUCGUUUGUAACUGCCCUAUUUGUUAUUUUGUCGUUCAUUGUAUUUGCGGAAUCUGUAUUCUGAAGGAACUGGAUAUGAUAAUCUAAACAUUUUACUAUGAAAAAUUUAUCGUAGUUGAUUGGGUAUUUGCAUAUUGUUAAAAUAUAAUAAAAUGUAACAAUAGUUCUUCUGCUUUUAACUAUACUGUAUCACUCAUAUUGGGAAAUAAAAAAGAUUUAAUGGCAUGUGCUAGGGAUGGCCUAACUUGAAUACUUUACUAUUCUGAAUACACAUUCGAAAAAAAAUUCAAAUUUGGAAUAUCCUAUAUACAAUAAAUUGGGAUCAACAGAGAAAUUCGUUGUAAAUUAAUAGAAAUUAAAUUUAGUUGCGGAAUGGUGUCAGAAAUUAAGUGAAGUUCACUUCGUGUCUUACCAUCAGAUUUCAAAUGUUCAAAACGCUAAAUUUUCAAAAAUAAUUAAUCUAAUUUCUUUCGAAAACCACAUAUAUACUGUGUCAAAUAUAAUGAAUUUUGAAUGCUUUCGAAUUAUCAUUUUGAACAAUCUUACUUUUGGAGAAGUGUUCAAUGUAAAUGGUAGUUUGUGUUGCCCAAAUUAUGUCCACCUUCUUCGGAGCUAUAUCAUGCUACUAAUUUUUAAUUUUUUCAGCAUUUUCUUUUGUAUUGAUAAUGUACUUCUGUUUAUUACCGAUGAGUGGGACACAUAUAGAAAUGUAAUAGAAUUAUAAGCAAGUAUCCCAUUAAACUUAGUGAGAUUUCGAUUUUUUAAUUAAAUUUGGGCUGUAGGUGUCCCUUUUAAUCAGUCACAUUGACCGGCUUUGUUAUCUAUUAUUUUUAUAUAAUUUUUUUUCGUUAUCUUAAUUGCGUAUGGCGCAACCAAUGAAAAGUGGGUAUUUCUGCACAGAGAUCAGUUUUCCGAGAGACUGCGGUGCUUCUCCAUUCAUUCAAAUGAUGCGCUCAUUUUUGCAGUACACUGUCUGCCGAAUGUUUUCAUUCUUGUUUCAUAAAGUUUCAUUAAUUCAGUUUGAAUAAUAAGACUUAGUAAAUGUAAAUAACUUCAAUUUAUCAGUCAAUGCCACACAUUUAUUUAUUAGACUUGGGUUCGAAAACUUGGAAUGUAAAAUUAAAACAGUAUUUCAAAUAUUUCUGUAUUGUUUACAAUUUCUCAUGCCUCAUUAUUGUCUUCAUGCUGUAAAAAUAUUGCGAGUUAGUAUGUGCUUGGAUUUUUAUGCUUGUUUUUGACCAAUUUUUUUGGCUCUUUUGAUUAGAUUGGAUCGAUGUACUACUGAAUUCUUUGCAGAUAAGGUUACAGAUUAAACAUAUUGGACUCUUUUAUGCCUUUUAUUAAAUAUGCCCCAUAACCGAAUGCUAGGUUAUAAUAUAGUUAGAUCAUUCACAACUGCCCAUGUCUAAAUGGUGUAAAUUGCUUUUUACAAUAUUAUUUUGUAUAAGAUUGUAAUUCAUUUUAUUAUGGUGUUGUAAAUCUCAUGCAUAAAUAACAUGCUUUUUGCUUUUUAUAUUUUUUUGCUAUUCCUAUUUAGUCUUUACGCUUUGUUUUUGUUGUUUUUGAUCAAGCAAUGAUGCUGCGAGAGCAAUCUUCUUUAGCUUUGCAAUGAAAUCAAAACGUUUUUUUGAAAUGCUGAUCAGAAAUUUUCAUUUUCCAGUAUGUAGUGAUAAAUAAAACUACCGGUAAUUAGUUUUCUUGUACAAAUAGGGUAAUUAUUCAAUAAUUCGUUUUUUUUUAAAAAUUAUAUAGGUAAUGUAGACUUGUUUAUUUUCCCUAAUGUACCUUUUUGUUCAAUAAAAAGAAUGCUCAAAUAGUCAAAAUUGAUAGCAAUACCACAUCAGUGCAUAGUUUUUAAAAACCCUUUCUAUUGAAAUAUGUUCAUUUAAAAUACAUUUUCAAGUAAUAUCUAUUAAUUGAUUUCCUAUGGGCAAAAUAUGAGAUUUUUUUAUGAGAGUGAUAUGGAAAACAGUUGGUAUUGUUGGUUGGAAAUCUCUUUUUCUCCCAUGUUUGGUUUGGUUUUUAUCAAGACCUUUUUUUGUUAAUUCUAACAACCGCCUGGAAUUGUACACUGCAAGAUUUGUUAAGAGUUAUAAUGAAAUGAACCUUCAAAAUUGCCCUUUUUCCAUUUACUGAUUCGAUGUUACGAAAUUUUCAGCUGUUCUGAUGAAGUUGGUAUUUUGGUUUCAUUUCUCUGUUAUGUGCUAGAAAUAAAAUGAAUGUUUCAAAAAUGGUCUGUACAAAAUUCAUGGAAUACAAUGUAAAAGUCAGUUGCAACGAUUAAUUGAAUUAUUUGCGAAAUAUUGAAACAGUGAUGUCACUUCUUUUAGAUUCACGAUUGCUACUGACACAAAAUGCCAAUCCUUAAAUAUCAGCCGAUUUAAAAUAUUUUAGUUCUGGUUAAGGUCAGGUCGGCAAUAACCUUGCAUUGGAAUACUGCUAUUAUAUAUAUAUAUUCUUGAUAAUGCUUAUAAUUGAUUUUUUUUCGAAUAAUUAUUAUGUAUCUAAAUAAUUUAACAAACACACAAGAUUUGGUGGAAUGAUUAAAAUCUAUACAAUGAUC